GGAUUAAACUCGAAGAUAUUCCUCGAGAGGGACGUGUCGAACAAAAUAGAACCAGUAUAUACCCGGCUCCCUAUCUUCCGAAAGAAUAUCCGAUUUCAUUCGCCCAGUAUUUAUCUCCGUCUUUUCGCUCUCUCUCUCCCUACUUCUCUCUCUCUCUCUCUCUCCAUCCAUCAAUCGCGUAGAAGGAACGAAGACUCGGUGUUGUUGUGGGGGGGAGGAAAAUAAUCUAGUGCGCGGGGCCAUGAAGUUCUGGAAGAUCCUCAGCAGCCUAAUCGGAGAGACCCUGCCGGAGUGGCGGGACAAGUACUUGUCUUACAAGGACCUCAAGAAGUACCUCAACCGCUUCUACCCAAAGGACGACCCCAACAAUCCUCCUGCUAAACGGCGCCGUCUGGAUUUGGAUUUGUACGUCUCGUCGGACGCUCCUGUUUGCCUACCCGAGUUGUCCAAGGACUAUUUUCUCAGGCUCUUGGAGGACGAGGUAGAAAAGUUCAACGGCUUCUUCGUCGACAAGGAGGAGGAUUACAUUAUUCGAGUAAAGGAGCUGCAAGAUAUGAUAACAAAAGCCAAGGAUUCAAACGAAGAGUUGAUGCAAGUAGGAAGAGAAUUGGUGGAUUUUCAUGGAGAGAUGGUUUUGUUGAAGAAUUACAGCGCACUUAACUACACAGGACUGGUAAAGAUACUAAAAAAAUAUGAGAAAAAAAGCGGUGCUCCCAUUCGGUUGCCUUUUAUCCAAAAUGUCUCGCAACAACCAUUCUCAGCAACUGAUAUACUUAACAAGCUUGUGAAGGAUUGUGAGAGCAUGCUGUGUCAAGUUUUCUCCAUGAAUGACCCGUCGGCUCCACUUGAAGCAACUGAUAAGGAAGAAGGGAGCAAUUGCGAUGCUGCAACCGGAAGUACACAAACUAUACUUAAAAUUCCCAAUGAACUUGAAGAAAUCAAGCACAUGGAAGGCAUGUACCUGAAGCUAACAUUAUCGGCACUGCAUGGCUUAAAGAUGAUCCGGAGUGAAAGCUCAACAGUGAGCGAGUAUUCGUUGCCGCCAUUGUAGAACAAUACAAUGGAGAUAAAAAAUAUACCGAUACUUGAACAAGAAGCCAUAUAGUUUUUUCCCCUUAUACCAUUAGUUAUAGACUAUAUGACACCACAGUUGUAUGCUAAACACCAUGGUCUUUAUGGUACAUUCAAUAGAAAAAUGUUAUUCUCCA